AAAGGUCAUUUGUGCAUUGAAUCGCUGCUUUCAUAGUCCUCGCCAAUAAUCUGCACCUACUAUGGUCGCCUCAACAACAGAACAACUAACGGCGCUUGCUGGAACAACCGUUGUCGUGCAUCCGCUUGUCCUUCUUUCAGUCACAGAUCACCAUGCUAGAUCCAUUUCGCGAAACUCUUCAAAACGUGUUGUAGGCGUCCUGCUAGGCCAGGAUAAUGGCAAAGUUAUAAACGUUGCCAACUCUUUUGGUAUCCCGUUCGAGGAAGAUGAGAAAGACAGCAAGACGUGGUUUCUAGAUCAUAAUUACAUUGAAGGGAUGUGGGACAUGUUCAAGAAGGUUAAUGCCCGUGAACGGAUGAUUGGAUGGUAUCAUACCGGGCCAAAACUGCGAGCGUCGGAUCAGGAGAUCAAUGACUUGUUCAAACGCUUUAUUGCUCGACCUGUCAUGGUUAUUGUAGAUGUACGACCGACCACGGUUGGUAUUCCUACGGACGCAUAUUUUGCGGUAGAAGAAAUCAAAGAUGAUGGUACAGAAACCAGGAAGACAUUCCUGCACGUCCCUUCCGCCAUAGAAGCAGAAGAAGCAGAAGAAAUUGGCGUUGAACAUCUACUGCGGGAUAUCAAAGAUUCCACCACCACCACACUCAGCACUCGUGUUAGCGAGCAGCUGGCUUCCCUCCGUGGACUGCAGUCGCGGCUAAGUGACGUCCACAAAUAUCUGCUUGACGUUGCCUCUGGUACGAUGCCUGUGAACCACCAAAUCAUCUACCAUCUACAGGAUGCCUUAAAUCUUCUACCGGACCUCAGCGACCCAAUAACCACGCAGAGUUUCGCAUCAAGUACUAACGAUCAAUUGUUGGUGGUAUACUUGAGUAGUCUGUUGCGAGCUGUAAUUGCGCUGCAUGCUCUCGUAGACAACAAAGCUACCAUUGGGCGGGCAGAACUGGAGGAAGGUGGCGACGAGAAAGAUAAGAAACCAGGCAAUGGCGACGUAAAGAAAUCUGAGAAGGAGGACAGCAAGGACAAGGGAAAGGAAACCAAUAAAACCGCAGACAAAGGCCUGUAGACUUAUCAGUAUAGCUUGGCAACUCUGCUUCUCUUUAGUCAGGAUAUGUCAUGUUGCAGUGUGCUAAGUGUUUUCUUCACUUCAGCGUAAACUGUGCAAACAUGGCCAUGUUCUUAUCCGCCCACUGGUCGUUCGCCAGACUGUAUAUGUCAACCCUUCAAAUUCUCAUAUCAUGGGAAGCACUGAAAUUUAGAAAUGUAUUCCACCUCA